AUUAUGGCGAGUGGAGGGUCUGGGAAAUCCGCGAGUGAGGCAUCAAACAUCACCCCCAGUGGCAGUGUCCAGCAAAGGAAAAGGCUCUCCUCCAUUUGUGAUUCCUGCAAAAUCAAAAUGCAACUUGUAGCAGAUCUUUUGUUGUUAUCCAGCGAGACCCGGCCCGUUAUGGCUUCGGAUGGGGUUCCACUCGCGGAUACGUUUGACCAAUGCCGAGACACUGUGAUCGCGAGGACUAAAGAGCUUUCUAUACUAACACAUGACAUCCAAAGCCAACUCAACAUGGGGCGUUUUACCGAAGUUGGCGAUCGGCUAUUGGAACUGGCCGAUCUGGUUGUGUCAUUGACUGAAUGCUCUGCCCACGCAGCGUAUCUGGCAGCUUUAGAAACUUUGGGGUCCCAACCGUGCCUCCCCGGUUUGGUGGACCGCUAUAAAGUAACGCGCUGCCGACACGAAGUAGAGCAAAGCUGCAACGUCCUCCGAAUCACGCCGAUUUUGGACCUCACUCCUCAGUUGCUUCUCGAACUUUCGCAAAACAUUUCGACUAAUCUCAAAACACUGACUGACAUCUCAUCCUUGGCCAGUGAAAGGUCCCGCGACCGCUUUGCCAAAGAACAGUUCAAGUUGAGCGUUAGAAGCAUGGCGACGAGCGGGACGGCGUUUCUAGCUUGCGUUAAGGAAGUGAAAACGCAACCCAGCGAGCUGACUAGAAAUCGUUGUGUUUUAUUUAGCGCUGCCUUAGUUCAGUCUGUUAACGCUUUGGUUGGAUUCGCUACGGAGCCGCAGUUCCUGGGUCGCCCGGCGAGCAUCUCCUCUGAAGGAAAAGGGGUGCAGACGGCGGUUUUGGGCGGGGCCAUGAGCGUAGUUUCGGCAUGCGUGCUGCUAACUCAAGGGCUAAGGGACGUGGCGCAGCAUCCGGACAGCAGUUCCAAGAUGGCCGACUACAGGGAGAGGCUGAGGAAUUCGGCGUGCGCGGUGUCGGACGGGUGCACUCUGCUCACACAGGCUUUAAGGGAGCGCUCCUCUCCACGCACACUCCCCCCGGUCAACUCCCACUCUGUGAAUUAGAUCUAAACACGGCCACACGUAACUGUACCAAAGAGUAGGCAUGGGAUGGUAUAAGAUCGUCAAUAAUACGAUUUAUCGCUACAGAAAACAUCACGAUAAUACUGAAACCGCUUUAUGCCACUCUAGGGCUGCUCGAUUACGGGAAAAAAAAUCAUUAUCACAAUCGUUUUGGUUAAUAUUGAAAUCACGAUUAUUCAAACGAUGCAUUUAUUCAGCAUUUCUCUCUUAAAAAAACACUUUCACAUUGAUAAUUGACGCAAAACUUUCAAAUUUAAAUUGAAUUCAGACUACAAAUAGAGCAGUUUUGCGAUGUAUCAAACGUAAAAUGAAUAAAAUAUACUUUGAACAUGAAAUAAGGCAUAGAAAACAUAAAAGUAUCCAAAAUAAACUAUAUAUUCAGCUGUUCUACAACCUCUAUAUUUAAAAAUAAAAUAAAAUUUGAUUAUACAAGUUUGGAAAUCGUUGAGACAACUUGAAACCGCGAUCAAAGUUUAAUUAAUUGCCUUAUUCCACUCACACAAUAGCCCCAAACCCGGAUCAUUUGACUGCGUUUUCUGAAGGGACCGAUUUUUCAGUUCAGGCUCUGGGCCGGAAAGGUGCUCGACGUGUCCUCGCUUUUUUGAGGUCGCGCAAAAUAUCCCCGACACUAGAUCUGUUUCAGUAAUAAUGAUAUAACAACAACUGCCGCGUUAGAAUUUUAUUAAAAAGCGAAACUGCCAAUCCAACCUUGAACCGCUAUUGAUUGAACUAGAAUCCAACUGGGUCUGAACCAAGACAAGCCCAGAGUAAAACCAAGUCUAAACCAGGACUAACUAAACCAUUAAACAAUAAAUAAUUAAAGAUUUGAAGGCAAGUGGGCUAGAUUAGAUUUGGCAUUCCACUGUUGCAAAGAAAAUGUAAACAUGAUACAUACUGGACCAAAAAAUAUCAUUUAGUUUUCCUUUUUUUGAAUCCACAGCCAGCUACUGACUAAUUUCCAGUGAUUUCCAUGUUAUCUUUUUAGAUUUCAAUCUGGAUUCCCAUGUACACUGUGUACUUAUCCAGGCUCGGUGUGGCACUAAACAUACUUAGACUUGUCAUUCCACGAGGCUGUGAACGCCUUUUGUUUUUUUAUGACGGAUCACAGAAAACCUAUCACCAACUACGUCAGUCAUUUAUUAGACUUAUACAAACAUGAUUGCGAUAUUACCAUUAUUAAUUUUGAAAACCAGUUUACCCUCCCAUGCCUAUCAAAACCUCACGUAAUAAUGUAAUAUUUCCAUUCCAUUGUUGUCAUUGUAUUUCUGCAAACUAUACCCGCGUCAUUUAGGUCACUGGUUACAAGAAUAUCUAUUGUUCAAGAAAUAACAACUAGGGAUAUAACAAUAAUCGAAAUAUCAUGAUAUCGUAUUGUCAAAAGUCUCAGUAAUAUCGUGGGCUGUCACAAUAUAUCGAAUUACAAGUUCCUUUGCUUAAAUGUGUUGUUUUAUAGUAGCAAUAGCUGAUAAACAUCGGGAACUACAUAUCCCAUGAUUCAUUUCAGCGCAAACAACAUGAAGAAAUAUGUUUUUUACUUGAAUUCUUGGGAUUAUGAUGGAAAUAAUUCACACCAAAAUCUUGUCAAGGCACUUUAAAAGCAAAAAAGCGUCCUAUUUACAAUUAUAAUCUCAAAAAUAUCGUACUGUGAGAUGCACAUUGUGAUAAUAUAUCGAGAGAUUUUGAUUUCGUUACAUCUAUAAUAACAACUCAACUUAACACUGAGGUCAAAUCAUAUUUACUGGUUUUAGUCUGUCAUAUGUGGCAACCCAAAGUUAGACAUUAAUUGUACUUAUUAAUGGGAUAAUUGACAUGAAAACCAAAUUAACUUUAAAACAAUAUUUGAUUUGUUGUUUACUAGAGCUGGGUAUCGUUAAGAAGUUACAAAUGUGAGAUAUGUAUCGUAUUGUGCAUUAUGUAUUGAUGUAUAUCUCGAUACUGUGCAUUUUCAAUUCAGUAUAAGUCGAUUCAGUAAAAAACGGAGACUAAAUCAUGGCUGUGACACUAAAAGUCUCUGUUAAACCUCUACUUGUUAAUGUGAAAUUAAUAUAAAAUACCAGGGAUGUAACAAUAACCAAAAUAUCUUGACAUCGCAUGUCAAAAGUCUCACAAUAAUAUCAUGGGCUGUCACAAUAUGUCAAAUCACAAGUUUUUUUUGCUUAAAUUCAUUAUUUUAGAGCAGCAGUAGCUUAUAAACGUCGGGAACUACGUAUCCCAUGAUUCAUUUCAGCACAAACAACAUGAAGAAAUAUGACUUUUACUUGAAUUUUUGAGAUUAUGAUGGAAAUAAUUCACACCAAAAUCAUGUCAAGGUAUUUAAAAGCAGAAACAAGUCCUAUCUCCAAAAUAUCGCAAUAAAUAUCGUACCGUGAGAUGCAUAUCGUGAUAAUAUCGGACCGAGAGAUUUGGAUAUCGUUACAUCCCUAGUUGUCACAAAAUAAUUUAGUCAAAUAUACAAAAAAAUACUCUCAGCGAUAUGUCGAUACAGUGGCCCACGAUAUCGAUACAGUAUCAUCAACUUAAACGAAACGAUGUUUUGAUAUUUUCACGUAUAUUUUUACCGUAAAUAUUCUUCUUCUCUGUGUAGUUUGCAGUACAAUACAACAGCACGUGAUAUUUCCUGGUUUGGUUCGAGUUUCUGUGGUUCACGCUGGUUGUGAAUGGAGCCCGUUUCAACCAACAGUGUCCUAAAACACCAAAUUACCCGACCCUUACCUCUGCGUCGCCGUGCGGUGGGGUGCAUCCAUCGUCGUGCUGAGAGAAAUGGACGAUUGAAAUGUUUUUUGUGUGUAUUUCUCUGGGGUAAUCGCUGCUGUGCGUGUGUGCCAUAGGUUUUUACACUAUCCACCAGACUUCCCAUAGUAUUGUGUUUGGAUCAUGCAUGUAAUGGAGUAUUUAUUUCAACUAUUAAAAAGUUGUUUCAGAUAA